CUCAUACGCCGGCAAACAAUCAACCUGCGCUUCUCGGCAUGGCAACGGUCAAUCUGAACCCAAACGGGUGUCCGGUGGGUGGCACGAAUGUGGUCGGCUCGAGCAACUCCAUCCACUCGAUACAGGGGAAAGAUCAGUGGGUAAAGCUAAACGUUGGCGGCACCUGCUUUCUCACCACCAAAACGACCCUCUCCCGCGAUCCAAACUCCUUCCUAUCGCGGCUCAUCCAAGAGGACAGCGACCUCAUUUCCGAUCGGGAUGAAACGGGCGCAUAUCUGAUUGACCGCGAUCCACGGUACUUUGCACCGGUGCUGAACUACCUGCGCCACGGUAAGCUCGUGUUGGACGACGGCCUGUCUGAGGAGGGCGUCCUAGAGGAGGCCGAAUUCUACAACGUGACGCAUCUGAUCGGUCUGCUGAAGGAUAACAUUGCACGGCGCGAGCAGCGACCGGCGGCGGAUAAGAAGCGUGUCUACCGGGUGCUACAGUGCCAGGAGAACGAGCUAACGCAGAUGGUAUCGACCAUGUCGGACGGGUGGCGGUUCGAGCAGCUAAUCAAUAUCGGCACCCAGUACAACUACGGCACGGAGGAGAAUGCCGAGUUUCUUUGCGUCGUGUCGAAGGAGUGCGCCAACACGCUGAUUGGACGCGAGGUAGAAUCGAACGAUCGGGCCAAGGUGCUGCAGCAGAAGGGUUCGCGUAUGUAAGGUGCCGUGUGUGGAAG